AUGAUAAACGUAGCAAAAUGCGAUCAUAUUAGAAUAAGACACGAAAAUCUUUACGGUAUCAAUGUUGAACAGUUUAUAAAAUUAAUUGAACACAAAUACAAGAUUGAUUUUAGAUCUUUGCCACAGUGGAAAGAACUUGUGCAACGGUUGCACGUUUCAACAACAGAUUGCAAACGUAAAAUUCAAGAUGCAAAUUAUCGCAAGUCACUUAUAAUUAAUAAAUUGUGUAUGCAAUUUACUCGGAAUUCGCCCUUUGAAUUGACAGAUAAACUAGCUAGAACCUACAUAAAAUGGCAAGUCAUUGGUCGAGGCAAAGCACCUAAAAUAAAAAUAGAAUCGAUCCCUGAUCUGAACAUAUCCGCAGAAUUAGAAGGUACACUAGAUGAAAAUAUUGAAACACCUUUAACUGUUCAUCCGAAUACUGAAAUUGUGGAGACUGAAGUUAUUAGUACCGAAAUACCACCACUUAAAUCAGUCGGGGACUCUGAUUCCAAAGUCACCGAAACCUUGUCUCAUUUGCCUGUAAAUAUUUCUGUAAAUCAACAUAAAUAUCUUUCACCAUUAAAUUCUCGGGAUAUUAGUUUUGAAUCUAAAGUGAGUUCAUUGAAAAUGAAAAGCAAUCCUACGAUAAAAUCGAAUAUUAUGUUCAUGAAUAAUACUUCGUUAAGCAGUAACCCUAAAGAAAUUUUCAUCGAGAAGAAAACACUAGAAGAAGAGAUUAUAAAAUUCUCUAUCAUUAAUUGUACAACGGAAUUCAUGUUUAUACGUUAUUUACAUAUUAUUAACGAUAUGCCAUUUAAAAAAAUAAAAAUAAUUCCACCUACACCUCAAAAACUUUAUCCAGGGCUAGCGAUGAAAUUCAAAUUAAUUUACCAACUUAGAAAUUGUGACGAAUUGUUUACGUCUGCAUUGUUCUUUAAGAUCAGUAAAAAAAUAGCAAGUGGAUCUCUUGCAGAAGGUUUUGAAAUUCCAGUAGUGAGUAAAUUCAAUCAACAAAGAAAAGUAGCAGUGAAUGAUUCAAUACACAUUCCUCCUGCUUAUCUGUGGCAAAUUCGACAAGAUACUGGUUUUCCUUCAGCAAUUGUUCAUGUAUCUGUAUUAGAUGACUAUGCUUACCAUUUGCAUAUUACUAAACGUCAGAUUGAUAUAACGCAUGAAUUCCAAGAUAGUUUUGUUUCUAUGGAGGUUAUAAGCGAUAGCACAGAAAGCUUCGCUGAAAGAAUAGGCGAUGAAGACGUUGUAGCUCACAGUAAAAUGCUUACUUCUCAAACAGAAGAUGUCCAUGAGGAAAUUAUUACUACUUUAGAUGUCAUCGAAUUGAUUAUGGAAGAUAUAUUGCAUCUGGCACUUAAUAGUUUUGUGUUUGAUCAUACCUAUUUAUAUUUAAAACCGAAAUCGGACAAUAGUAUUCGUUUGUAUUUUACUAAACCGUUAUCCACGGGCGGUGGCGCGGCAGUACCGGUACGGAAUGGGGCUUGGCGGGUGCGAUCGCUCGACGCUGCUUCGCCAGUUGGCCACUGGGUUACCGGCGUUCCUUUUCCUGCUCUCUUUAAUGGGUUAUACAAGCGUCUGCUGAAUUCCGCAUAUACAAGACGCAAAUUAAGCGUAGGAAUACUUCUCUGUCUAGUGGGACUUACAAAGUCACAGCAAAUUAUACGAGUAUAUUUAUGUUACCCGCUUAUGAGUUAGCUUCCCGUAGAUGAAAGAAUUUUCAUGAUCAGAUCAGUAUUUCCUUAUAAACAAAAUAAGAAACUUUACCAAUUUAUAAUAUCAGUAUAGAUACAAUCACUAAGUAACCGGCACAUAGGGUUAUCCAAAAUCUUGUCAAAUCUCGCCAAUGUUCAGAAUAAUUUAGAGAAACUUGGCAGUUCCACAUCUGAUACUGAUAGUGGAAGCUACACUCAGAUUGAUAUCAGCAAGUGCGGAUUCAGCGGGGAAGGGUCAAGACUCGCCUCUGAGCCGGUCGACUAUUGA